GUGCUGCAUGGUCAUGCUUUCUAGCCUACGGAGUAGAGAUGCCGGCCUACACACAGCUGCCCCGUACAUUGCUAGGCUACUCAAUCCAUGUCGGAUACACCUUACCAACCACCCUCGCUGCUGAAGUUUCCGGAGCCGUUCAAGUCGAAGUGCACAAGUAUUUUGAAGUCCUUUCUCCUCGAUUAUAUUUUCCCUGGGUCCUCAGAAUGCUGCAGCAGUUAGUAGAGCCAUCAAAGGUGCGAAAUUUGUAAGAUUCUAAUUGUGGACGAAAAUGUUAGUUCGGAAUUUCGGGUUCGUGGCUUAUUGUAUUUGGGCUUGAACUCUGCACCCUGAGGUAUGAGAUACUAGGCAU